ACGUUCAGGUACCCCAGGAUGUUUCGUGUUUGGAGAAACUUGACUUUCAGUCGCGCUGCGGCGGAUUAUUUCUCUCUGAAGCGACCAGUGUUGGCUCUCUGCAGCGACCGAGGAGCUCAGGGCUUGAACCCAAACAGAAAAUGUUCUGGAAAACGUUACAAUGUUCCGCCGAGCGCAGAGUUCGUGUCGCGGGUGUCCGGGAUCCCCACCAUGGCCAAGUUACCGUACCAGGACUCGGCUGAGGGCCUGGACGCGGCAUUUAUUGGUGUUCCGAUCGACACCGGGACCUCGAACCGGCCCGGAGCCAGGUUUGGUCCACGGCAGAUCAGAGUUGAGUCUGUCAUGCUGAGGACUUACAACAGUGGCACCCGGGCGGCACCUUAUGAGUCCCUGGUGGUCGCUGACAUCGGGGACGUAAACGUGAACGUGUUUGAUCUGAAGGACACCUGCAGGCGCAUCAGGGAGACCUACAGAAAGAUUGCGGCUGCUGGCUGCAUCCCUCUGACUAUGGGUGGCGAUCACACAAUUUCAUACCCAAUUCUGCAAGCAGUUGCUGAAAAGCACGGUCCUGUGGGUUUGAUUCAUGUGGAUGCUCAUGCUGACACCAGUGACAUGAUACUGGGGGAGAAGAUCGGUCAUGGGACUCCGUUCAGACGCUGUGUGGAGGAAGGGCUUCUGGACUGCAAGAGAGUGGUUCAGAUUGGUCUGCGAGGUUCAGGAUACUCUGCAGAUGCGUAUGAAUGGAGCCGGGCUCAGGGUUUCCGUGUGGUCCAGGCGGAAGAGUGUUGGUUCAAAUCCCUUGCACCAUUAAUGUCUGAGGUCAGGACUCAGAUGGGCAGCGGACCGGUCUACCUUAGUUUUGACAUUGAUGGUCUAGAUCCAGGUUUUGCCCCGGGAACUGGCACACCAGAGAUAGCAGGACUCACACCCAUACAGGCAGAAGAGUUUGCUUAA